AUGGGCACCACUUACACUAAAAGGAUCUGGCUAAUUAAUACACAAGGGAAUACAGAGAUAGUACAACAAUCACUAGACAUCCUACAAUCGGUAGAAGAAUGUUCACAGCCUGACUGGGUCCAUGACCUGGUGCUGCUAAACAGCAAUACCUGCUGGUGGUACAGCUGGGCAAGACACUACAUCUGUACCUGAGAGCUGCAGCAGAAGGACCAUCUCCAGCAGAAGAUCAUGUGUCCCAGCCCAUCACCUGUCUGUGUCCCCCAAUGACCUCUACAUCCUGGUGGCAUAUGCCUGUGGGAGGUGUCCACCAGGAAACUUCUAGUCAUCUUGAGCCACCACUACCAGUACCUGUAGUGCCUGCAGUUCUCGGGAAACAGCAGCCACCUCUUCUGGGGCAAGGACUGUCUGGUGCGACUGAACCUCCACAGGGCACUGUAAACCAGCCACUCCCGGAUCCCAGCCCCCCUGCACAUCUGGCCUCAGCUCCCUGACCAGACAGUGAAGCUGUGGGAGGUUUCCACAGCGCUGCUAUUUUUUGUGCUCUUUGACAUGGGCAUCAUAGCUGUGACCAUGGACCUGGCCCAGUACCAUAUGUUCUGUGGCAGCAGUGACAGCUCCAUCAUCCAGAUACAAUUGUACUCUUGGCCCGGGCAGUGGGAGAGGAAUUUUCAGCCAGAGCAGGAUACCAGGAAGGUCUUCAAAGGGCACAGGAACCAGGUGACCUACCUGUCUGGGUCCACUGAUGGCAGCAUGCUACUCUUGGGCUCCAAUGAGACUGUACACCUGUGGGAUGUUCAGAGCAAGCAGUGUAUCCACACAGUGGCCAUCAAAGGUCCAGUGACCAAUGCAGCCAUCGUGGUGGCACCUGUGAACGUACAUCAUCACAUGGCCUGCUAA